AUGACUCGCGGUGGAGCGGUGGAUCCAAUGUGCAGAGAGUGGGACCCCUGUGUCGGGCUCUUUGCUGCGAGAUUAUUCGCACUAAUAAUCUUGUCGGAACCGGCUCUCCAUGCCGGGAUACACUUAACGUAUCGAGUGGGCGAAACCAAGGUGAAACACCGGUCUUACAGCGUCAUAAUAAGUCUGAUUUACAAAAAGAAGCCAAAAAAAUAG